AUGAGAAAGUCAAUGCUCUUUGGCUUUCUUCUUGUCUUCCUUGGCUUGGCUCUGCCAGGCUCCCAAGGAAAAGUCAUCCCCCGAUGUGACUUGGUGAAGAUCUUAUGUCAGCAUGGCUUUGAGGACUUUUGGGGCAAAACUAUAACUGACUGGAUCUGCAUGGUGAAACAUGAGAGCAGUUACAAUACUAAAGCAUUUCAUGACAAUGGUGUGAGCAGGGACUAUGGGAUCUUUCAGAUCAACAGUCAGUACUGGUGUGAGGAUGGCAAGACCCAUGGAUCCAAGAAUGUUUGCCAUAUCAGUUGCUCAAAAUUUCAAGAUGAUAAUAACGAGGAUGAUAUUCAGUGUGCCAAGAAUAUUGCUUAA